AUGUCCUCCAAGGCGGGGACCGCCUACUACGUGGCGCCCGAGGUCUUGAAGGGCUCCUAUGACGAGCGCUGCGACGUCUGGAGUGCGGGGAUCAUAACGUUCAUCCUCCUCUGCGGCUACCCGCCCUUCUCUGGCGAGACAGACCCAGAGAUCCUCCGGAAGGUGAAGGCAGGCGUCUUCGAGUUCCGAUCGCCCGAGUGGGAUCUCAUCUCGCAGGGCGCGAAGAACCUGGUCACGCAGAUGCUCACAGUGGACCCGUCUCUGCGGCCAUCCGCAAAGGCAUUGUUGGAUACUCCUUGGUUGCGGUUUAAGGGCACGCCUACACCCGCUGCCAUCGGCACCGACUUCGUGAGACGACUACAGGGCUUCCGCGCCAAUUCGAAGCUUAAGAAAAUUGCGCUGGCCAUUAUCGCCCAGCAGCUGCCGGACGAGGAGAUCGAGUCUCUGCAAGGCAUCUUCAAGGGGCUUGACAAGAACGCAGACGGCAUGCUGUCGCCAGAUGAGGUAAGACAAGGCAUGCUGCAGCAUGGCCUGAAGGUUCCCCAGCAUUUGGAUGACCUUCUGAAGGCGGUGGACUGCAAUGGCUCAGGUCAGCUUGACUACACCGAGUUCCUGGCCACCAUGAUAGACAAGAAGGUCUACAUGCAGAGGGAUGUAUGCUGGGCCGCUUUCCGCGCCUUCGACCUCGACGGCGACGGGAAGAUCACCCGCGAAGAGCUGGGAAAGGUGCUCAACGGCGACUCGGUGAAGGAAGCGCUGGGCGCCAGCAGGAUCGAUAAGAUUAUCAAGGAGGUGGACCUGGAUGGCGACGGGGUCAUCGACUUCGAGGAGUUCUGCAGCAUGAUGGCGUCGCGCGGGCGCGCCGUCGGAGGCAGCACCGCUGGCUCCGCGGGAGCCGGGGGAGCGCGGGCCAGCGGGCCCCCGGCGGCGAAGAGGGCCAAGAAGGGCGCCGGCUCGUGA